UGGGAAUUGGCGGCAACUUAUUGGCCCCUCACCGCCCAGCCCGCCCCCGAAACCACGACGCUACUCGCGGACGGCAAAGGAGACACAUUUCUGGGGGGAAGCUCUCUGGCGCCGACCACAUCCUAAGACCUGUCUAGCCUCGUCCCCUUUUGCCUCCAGCAGAGUCCCGGCACAAUAUCCAAGAUCAGCCUCCCGGGAUCUUGCCAUUCGUCAAUCUUGCUCCGGCAACACCUCAAGCACACGCCGUCACCCAUUUACACCAACCUCACGAUGCCUGCAGGUGGGCUCCAGGUUCCUGUUCGCGAGAAGGCCGGCCUCGGUGCUGGCAAGGGCACCAAGGCUAUCAUUCUGGUCGGUGGUCCUUCCAGAGGUACUCGGUUCCGCCCUCUUUCUCUCGACGUCCCCAAGCCUCUUUUCGAUGUCGCCGGUCACCCCAUCGUCUGGCACUGCCUCACGGCUAUCGCCAAGGUCCCGUCGAUCCAGGAGGUCAUCAUGAUCGGAUACUAUGACGAGUCCGUCUUCAGAGACUUCAUCAAGGACGCCGCGCACGAGUUCCCCAACCUCCCAAUCAAGUACCUCCGCGAGUACCAAGCCCUGGGCACCGCUGGUGGUCUGUACCACUUCCGCGACGUUAUCCUCAAGGGCCGGCCCGAGCGCAUCUUUGUCCUCAACUCGGACGUGUGCUGCUCGUUCCCGCUCAACGAGAUGGCCCAGCUCUUUGACGACCGGGACGCCGAGGCUGUGAUUCUGGGAACACGCGUUAGCGAGGAUGCCGCGACCAACUUUGGCUGCAUCGUAUCCGACCAGCACUCCCGCCGAGUCCUCCACUACGUCGAGAAGCCCGAGAGCCACAUCUCCAACCUCAUCAACUGCGGCGUCUACCUCUUCAGCACCGAGGCCAUCUUCCCUAGCAUCAGGACGGCCAUCAAGCGGAGAACCGAGCGCCCCCGCCUCGUCUCGUACCCGUCGUCCGAGAACCUCGAGUCCAGCUUCAUGGCCGACGACGACGACGAGGAGAAGAAGAACGAGGUCAUCCGCCUCGAGCAGGACAUCCUCGGCGACAUGGCCGACAGCAAGCAGUUCUACGUGUACGAGACCAAGGACUUCUGGCGGCAGAUCAAGACGGCGGGCUCCGCCGUGCCCGCCAACGCGCUGUACCUGCAAAAGGCCGCUCAGACGGGCUCCCAGGAGCUCGCGAAGCCCUCGGCCAACAUCAUCUCGCCCGUCUUCAUCCACCCGUCCGCGCAGGUCGACCCGACCGCCAAGCUCGGCCCCAACGUCUCCAUCGGGCCCCGGGCCGUCAUCGGCCCCGGCGUCCGCGUCAAGGAGUCCAUCGUCCUCGAGGACGCCGAGAUCAAGCACGACGCCUGCGUGCUCUACUCGAUCGUCGGCUGGAACAGCCGCGUCGGCGCCUGGGCCCGCGUCGAGGGCACCCCGACCCCGGUCAACAGCCACACCACCAGCAUCGUCAAGAACGGCGUCAAGGUCCAGAGCAUCACCAUCCUCGGCAAGGAGACCGGCGUCGGCGACGAGGUCCGCGUGCAGAACUGCGUCUGCCUCCCCUUCAAGGAGCUCAAGCGGGAUGUUGCCAACGAAGUCAUCAUGUAAAGACGCUCAGUGGUCGGGAUCAGUACAUGCGGUUGAGUGCACAUAAUGCACGCGUCAAUGAAAAGCAGCCCCUUCGACAGAUAGAUAUUUUUUAUGAGCGAAAAAGAAUAAUAAAAAGACUCGAGUUUCAA